AUGCAUAGAACUCUGACAGUGAUAUGGUUGAUCGUCUUGCCCUUGGUGUCUCUUGGGUAUUGUAUCAGCUCUUCCCCAACUUUACCCUUCCCCAUCACCAAAUCCACCAGCCAGGAUGACCUCAAUUACACUUUGCCAACAUUCCCCAUCCUCCCAUUCAUCAAAUACACCAACAAUCCUAUUCUAAAACCCAACCCACUCAAUAAAUGGGAGUCCGCCUACGUCUAUAACCCAACUGCCAUCGUGCUCAACCAGACCAUCUUCCUACUCUACAGGGCUCAGGACCAAGCCAAGACAUCGUCCAUUGGCCUUGCAUGGUCGACCGAUGGCUACACCUUCACCCGUUAUGCUGAACCAAUUGUUUAUCCCACAGAGGCAUGGGAGCUACGAGGAGGCACCGAGGAUCCUCGCCUUGUCCGCAUCAACGGCACCUUCUACCUGACUUAUACGGCGUAUGACCUCAACACCCCACAGCUGUGUCUAGCCACCAGCGAAGAUUUGCUCAACUGGACAAAGUAUCCUCCAAUAUUCCCUGGAUUUGAGGAUACCACGUUUACGGACCAAGGUGUCGAGGUCUCGCGGGUCAACCACACGAAGAGUGGCGCCAUCAUCACCGAGCCAACAUCUCAUGGCUUAUACCACAUGUAUUUCGGCGACAGCGUCUUCUACCACGCAACAUCAACAGACCUUUUGACAUGGACGCCUGAUCCCAAACCGUUCGCGAAACCCAUACACCCAUGGGAAGAUGGCCUAAUAGAACCGGGCCCAGCGCCAGUGAAGACCAGAGACGGAAAGUGGCUCUUGAUAUACAACGCCAUGACUACAGGCACCGACGAGUAUCGCCCAACACAGUAUUCUGUGGGUCAAAUGCUCCUCGACCCUGAGAAAUUUACCUCGACACACAGUAUGCGCCCCCACUGGAAUGACAAACAACAUCAUUCUCCACAGAUACCUCUUUCCCCUCAAAAGAUCCGUCCCAGACUGCAAGACCCGGGCCCUGUGUUUCAGCGGCCGCUGGCCCGUCUCGAAACUCCAUUUCUUACCCCGACGACAAGAGAAGAAGAACAUGGACAGGUGGACCUGGUCGUGUUUGCCGAAGGGCUCGUGCAAUUCCGGGGUAAAUGGUUUCUCUACUACGGCCAAGCGGACCAGACGGUAGGAGUCGCCGUGGCACAUGUCGAGUGAAUAGGUGCAAGCAUACAUGCGUGCAUACCUAACUCAUCCAUCGAAUGUUCUACGACAUCGUU